CGGGCUGCUGCCUUCCAUACAAUGAAGUUGUCCUGCAAGGAAUGAUCGCUAGUGCUCUGCCUGUCUCAGCCUGGGAGGGGGCUGGAGCUGUUGUUCCUGUAACCAAGCAGCCACAGUAAGAGCCUGGGAGGAGGCGGGGAGAGGAGGCCGACACUAUGCACUUUCCCUGCAUCCCUCUUACAACUCUUCUCCCCACACAGAGCCAUGCACCUAGGACUCCUCCAUUCAUCUGAUUGAUGGUUGCACUGGCGCCUGGUCUGCAGCUGCUUGCACUGGGGAAGUUUAGGCAGUUCCCUGCAGAGGUGGUGGGGGGAGACAGGUGCUGCACUGGUGACCCUCCAGGAAUACAUCGGGAUAUAUUGGUUGGUGGUCCUCAUGGCGUCUCGGCAGCAAACCCGGAUUCAGGUCUACCUGGAGACCAACAGGAUCGGUCCUCUGUUUGAGGAAUUAAUGACCAAGCUGAUCACAGAGACGCCAGACCAGCCAAUUCCAUUUUUAAUUAACCAUCUUCAAUCAAAACUGGGGAAUGUUGGCCAGCUACACAGGACAUUGUCUGGGUCAGCUGCUCUGUGGGCAGAGAGUGAAUCGGAAAACAAAGGAACCAGACGGGACUUUAGAUGUUACGACAAACCCUGGCAGAUGAAUGCAAAGAAGCCUAAAAAGUCAAAGAGCGAUCUUGCAGUUUGCAAUAUUUCACCACCAUCCCCAGAAUCAAAGUCUUUGCCCAGGUCAGUAGAACACCCUAAAUGGGAUUGGCGGACAAAACCAGAAAGUCAAGAUUUUGAUGAGCUAAACCACAUUCUACAAGAAAGCAAAAAAUUGGGGAAAGCUCUGGAGAGUCUCUCCCGCAGUAUUGCUGUUACAGAUGAAUUGGAACAGGACACACGAGCAUUUAACUCCUCACUUCUAAGACCCUGUGUGAUUGGAGAAUGGGUUGGACGUGAAGAUAAUGACAUUGACCCUUUAGCUGCUGAAAUGAUACAACCUCCUGUACCAAGAAAUAAAAAUGAGCAGAGAGAAGAAGAUGAAGGCAGCAGCAGUCCUGCCGGAAGUUUGAAGAUGGAGCCAAAGAACAAAGGUCUGAAGCAACAGCAGCAGCAGCACAAGAAGUUACUAGCGGCCAUGCUAUCUCAGGACUCGUUUGACUCCGUCCACAGCACAGCGGCGUCUCUCACAGAGGAAGAUAUAGAUAAUGAGGAUGAUGCAAUGGAACUGCUAGAAGACCUUGAUGACCUCAGAAUGGAAGGUGUUAUGCCAUCCGGAAGUAAAUUUAGCCAAGGACGUAGCACAUACAGCACGGAACCGCAGGCGAAAGUCACACUAAACAUCUGCUCAAGGUGUGCAAGAUUGCAAGGAGGUAAUCUGGCUCAGGGAGUAGAAGAGAUGCCAAAGGAAUGCUCCUCUACAGAGAAUGCUGCAGGCGACACAGGCAAUUUACAGCCUGGGGCAGAAACAUUAAUGGAGGAUGAUGAAGAAUUUGAAAGUGCAUCUCAAGUGACAGGACCUCGUCAACCAGUCUGGGACUCAAAUGCCUUGUCUGCCAGAAGUGGGGGCUCAUCGAACCAAAAACUCCUGAAGGAAGCUUUAACCGCAAAGGAACUGCAGAGCAUGGAAAAGCAUCUAGCUGAUAUUGAAAAAGACUUGGCACUUAUGGCAGAAGCAAGUAUGUCACGGAGUCCAGGAAACCAACUCGGAGCUGGAACAGUUGCAAGUGAUCCUCAAGGAACUUAUCAUGGAUCAACUGUACAGAACACAAAACCACAAGUGCCAAAUCAAACCUCAGCAAACUUACAGCUUCACCUUAAAGGGAGCAAGUCGCCUCCUCAAGCGAACAGCAGAACACAUGGUUCAAACCCAGCAAACAAUAGGCCUCAGACUCCAAACUCACAGACAGGUAAACUUCAGACACCUGUCACCCCACUGGGCAGACCUGUAACUCCAAACAGUAUUUCGUCUCGACCACUCACCCCAAGUCAUCAGGGAAACAAAGAUGGAAUCACACCUGGACAAAGGAGUAGAUCUGUAACUGUUAAAAGUCAGAUUGGGUUGACUUCCAGUACGCUGUCUGGAGUCCCUGCACAGAUUGCUGUGGACACGCUUCCCUUUCAGCGAAACAAUGUCACAGAGGAGGAAUCUUAUGAACAACUCCAGGGUUCUCGUCAGCCCUGGAUACUCCCAAGUGACACGGACAGUGAAGGCGUGGAGACAGAAAAGGAGAUACGAAACACAAACCGAUUUUUACUGCAUACAACAGGAAUUUUGAACUACAAACUGAAAAUAAUCGAGGAUUGGAGUUGAAAACCCCUGACCUACAGGCACUGGCAUAUUUAUAAUGGCUGCAGUGUGUGUGGUGCACACGAGCCACCAGGGAUCCACAAGGGCCCACACACACACCUGCACCCAUUUUUUUCCAUACUUACCCUUCGGAGCCCCGCGUCGUCGACAGCAGCAGCGCUGCAGAAAUCACUGAGAAAAUGGUGCAGUGGCCAUUUUCCCAGCAUUUCGCAAAUGUGCUGAAGGAUAAUCACUGGGAAAAUGGGCACAGCUCCAUUUUCCUGGAGACCUGAAUAUGCACACCAGACUCUGGUGACCCUAGUGCAAAGAGUCCACAGUACUCCCGGAUUGGGAGGAGGAGGCCCAGACAGAGUCUGCACACAGGACUUUUUCUCUCUUGAUACACACUGCCUACAGGGUUAAAACAUACAGUAGGUUUUAAGUUCAAAGGUAGUUACAUAGGUUAAAUAGCAGGUUAGCGUACAGGUCUUCUAGCUUUGCCCUGCUUAGAAGCGAUAUAGCGAGUAUAGAUCCUCAUUUUUUCACAGUACAGUCUAUAGUAGCUGCCCCUGCCUCAGUAGUGUGUACAGUACUAAAUAAGAGAGCCUGAAAUAGCCUUAGCAUUCUAUAUAAUACUAGCUGUAGUACCCAGCGUUGCCUGUGUUUUGUUUAUGUAUUUUUUUAAAUUAUUUUCUCUCUCUCCCUCUCCCUCCUUCUCAACUCCCUCUUCUCUCUUCCACUGACACAUUCUCCCCACCUCACUCUCUCCCGCAUUUUCUCUCUUAUCUACCCCUAACACUUUCUCUCCACCUCUCCUCUUCUCUUCCCCACUGUCUCUCUCUAUCCAUGCCCCCUC